UCGUCUGUCAUUUUUUAUGUCUAGCUAUUGGCGAACCUGAAUUUUGUAAACCCUUUUUGGUGCUCGAAAUGGCGGAGAACAUAAAUUCAGUGCUUAAUGCGCUUAUUUUUGAUUUUUUAACAAAAAAGAAUAUCAAACUUGCUCCCCAGUUUCAAAAAGAACUCAAACCGGCAUCUUUAGUAAAAGGAUCACCAGUACUUGCUGAAAUAGUGUCACAUUAUUUAAAAUCAGGUCCAAAGGCAAAACAAUUAAAAGUGAAUGCAGAAGACAGUGACGAAUCCAGCAGCGAGGAGGAAGAAACACCAAAAACUAAGCCAAUUGUAAACGGAAAUGUAAAAUCAAAUAAAAAAGACAGCAGCUCUGAAGAUUCUUCAGAUGAGGAAGAACAACCUAAAACUGUUAAACCAUCCAUUAAACCUAUACAAAAGAAACCAGAAAGUUCUGAUGAUUCCUCUUCUGAUGAGGAGGAAGUAAAAAAACCAUCAGUGAAACCUUUACAAAAGCAAGCACAGAUUCCAGUCAAAGCAGCAGUAACAAAAGAUAGUUCUGAAGAUUCUUCAGAAGAUUCAUCAGAUGAGCCAGAAAAGGCUCCUGCUAAGCCAGUUCAAAAGAAAGCACCACCAGUACCCAAACAAGCUACAAAAAAUGUUCAAAAGAAAGAAAGUAGUUCAGAAGAUUCAUCCGAGGAAGAAGUUGCCAGUAAACCAGUGCCAACCAAACAACCACAAAAUAAGCCUCAAAAAGAAGAAAGUUCUGAUGAAAGUUCAUCCGAGGAAGAGGCUCCUAAGAAACCGGCUCCUAAGAAACCAGCUCCUAAACCUUCAGUGGUUACCAAAAAAGCUGAAUCUAGCUCAGAGGAUUCCUCUGAUGAGGAUGAACCUGUUAAGAAACCUGUUGCAAAAGCAACAGCAACAAAAGUUAUACCACCAAAAAUACAAAAGAAACAAGAAAGCAGUAGUGAGGAUAGUUCAUCAGAAGAAGAAGAAGCACCUAAGAAAACUGUAAAUCCCACACCAGUAAAAGCAAAACCAGCUCAAACUGGUGUGAAGAGGAAAGCUGAAAGUAGUUCAUCUGAAGAAUCAUCAGAUGAAGAACCUCCAGCGAAAAAACCUGCAGUUGCUCCUGCAAAAAAACCAGCAGCUGUUAUAACUCAGAAAAAGUCGGUUCCAAAGAAAGAGAGCAGUUCAGAUGAUUCAUCCAGUGAAGAAGAAACACCAGCAGUCAAAAAACUUACUCCAGCUCCACAAAACAAAUCUACAGCAAAGAAAGAAGAAAGCAGUUCUGAAGAUUCAUCUGAAGAGGAAACGAAAAAACCUGCUCCCAAACCACAACCUGUAACUAAAAAAGCUACAUCUAAUAAAAAGGAAAGUUCAUCAGAUGAUGACAGUGACGAUGAAGAUGAUGAAGAUGAAAAACCAGCUUUAAAAAAAGCCGCUGUCACCUCUACACUUAAAAAGCCUGCUAAAAAAGAGUCAUCGGAUGAUGACGAUGACGACGAAGAGGAAGAAACAAACACCUCAAAGCAACAGGAAGAUGAGAAUGAAGAAAGUGAACUUAAAAUUAAAAAACCCAAAUAUGACAAUUUUGUUAAAGCGGGCCAAAAUAAAAGUUUUGAUGGAAAUGACAAGGGCGAUAGAAAUUCGUUCGGUGGCCGUGGGGGUAGAGGUAGGGGAGGCCGGGGUGGCUUCCGUGGUGGAUUCAACAACAGAAAUUCUGACGGCGACGGGGGUGAAAGAAAUAGCUGGGGAGGAGGAAAUAAUCGUGGAGGUGGAUUCCGCGGAGGCAGGGGAGGAAACCGCGGAAGAGGCGAUGGCGGUUUCAGAAAUUCGUUUGGUAACGAUAGAGGAGGUGGUAGGGGCGGUUUUAGAAAAUCGUUUGGCGAUAAUGAUAGAGGCGGUAGAGGUGGGAGGUUCGGUGAUAGGGGCGGAAGAGGAGGAGGAUUCAGAGGUGAUAGGAAUGGCAGGGGAGGUGGUUUCAAUAACAGUUUCAAUGAGAGAGACAGUUUUGGUGCUAAGUCUGCAGAAAAUAAGAAAAUUACUUUCGACGAUUAAAUGGACGAAUUUUUUAUGUUAAAUGCUAAUGCAAGAGGAUCCUGGGGCGAGAAGGCAAAUUAUGAUUUGAAACAUACUCGUGGAAAAUCUUUCAGACAUGAGAAAACGAAAAAGAAGCGGGGAUCCUACCGCGGAGGCACCAUCGAUACUUCUAUUAAUUCCAUUAAGUUUGACUAGAUUACUCUCAAAUUGUUUCUUUAUCAUAUUUACUGUAAUUUAUAUACCUAUAGUUAUUUAAUUAAUUUUAAGGUAUCUUUAAACUCUUUAAUUGAGCGGAGAACACACAUAUACUAAACUGAUUGAGAACAGAUUUGUUGAGGUUUGGUUUAAAUAUUUCUUUGCCAUCGUUGUGUCAAUUAAAUAACUGCUUUGUCGGUAACACUCAAAAGAUAUUUCAGAUGUAAUCGAGAUAGAAUUGUUCAUUUGAGAAUUUAAAUUGAUUUAAGAAAAUGUAUAUAAAAUAAAUAUAUUCCGUCUCAAUAUUUAUGAUUAUCCUAAGACCUAUCACUUGUGGGCUGUUAUAUUAGUCCCCCUUGCUAUUUAAUCAUUUAAAUUAACGUUGUUGUUUGAACUAAGAGCUCCUUUUAAUCUAGUAUACAAAAAGUUCUCCCGCACUUCCAUAGAUUUCUUAUUUUUAAUCAUAACUCAAUUUUCAUCAACGUUAUAUCUACACAGGCUACAAUGUUAUCGUGCAAUCAGGAAUUACAAUCACCAUAGAUUUUUUAACCACGUCUGGUUUGUGAUUGUGAUGGCAAAUGUUUUAUCCUUGAACUAAUGAAAAAAAAUUUAAGUUUAUACAUAUUGGCGAACAGUUUGAUAAAUAUAGUAAGUGUUUUUCUCCUGACUCAGAUUUUGUAUUUUUUACAAAGACGUUCCAUACAAAACAAUACUUUUUUGUGGAAAGUUAUCAUGGUAGUAUGUUAGAAUGGUGCCUUCUCAUUUCAUAACUAUACUUAAGAUUUUAUGUUACGUGUAAAUAGUAUUUCUGUGAUUUGGACCGACUUUUUAAAUCACUUCCAAGUGCUGCAUAUUGUGGUACUUUCUGUGAUUCAGAAACAUUGUACCGGAUUUAAACAUAAAAUGCGUCUAGAAUUGUUGUAUGGAUAUUUUUUAUUAAAACAAUAAAUAUUAUAAAACAAA